CCCAGAGGACGACUUUGUUUCUGGGCCUUGGUGAUAGUUGCGUUGGUAUUAUUGAACGCCAGCAGAUCAGCCUCACAUAUCCUCUUGGACAAUACUUCCCAACCCUCCCUUGACACAGACGUUGACCAUGGAAUAACUCAUUCUUCUUCAUCUCGUCAUUCACAUGGCCAUCGCCACUUACAUACCCAUUCCUCUCUUGUGAGAAGGGAGGACGACCACACCUGUAGUACAUCGAAACCCUGCACAAACGGCGCUUGCUGUGGCGCAAGCGGAUUCUGUGGUUACGGGCCUACUUACUGCGGUGAAGGGUGUCUGUCUAAUUGCGAUGCCAGCGCGGAGUGUGGAAAGUAUGCAAGCACGCCAGGCACAAAGUGUCCGUUGAACACUUGCUGCUCGGAAUUUGGCUUCUGUGGCACCACAUCUGAAUUCUGCACAGGGAAAUGCCAAAGCAAUUGCAUCCUCAAACCGCCAGUUCCGUCGAGCCACAACGGCGGGGAUCCUUUUGCCAAAGUAAUCGGGUACUACGAAGGAUGGAUGUCAACUUCCAAGUGCCAUCCAACCCUGCCCGCGGAGCUUCCAUUGGGCAUCCUAACUCAUCUAUACUUUGCCUUUGCCUAUAUUGAUCCCAAGAGUUAUGCCAUUACUACAAUGAGCUCAGAUAUGCCAGAGCAGUUGUUUACGCAGGUAGCCGCGAUGAAAGACUUGAAGCCAUCCCUUAAGAUUUACGUUAGCCUUGGUGGCUGGACGUUCUCUGAUAAUGACACGGUAACUCAGCCACUAUUUGGCGAGAUUGCGGCGGAUGCAACAAAGCGCAGGACAUUUGCAAGUAAUACGCUGAAGUUUCUAGACACCUAUGGAUUUGAUGGCAUCGAUAUCGAUUGGGAGUAUCCUGGGGCAGGUGACCGACGUGGCAAGCCCAGAGACACAGAUAACUAUGUCAAACUGCUAGCUGAAUUAAGAAACACAUUUGAUGCAUCGGGCAGAAAGCUCGGUAUUACUUUUACAGCGCCAUCGUCUUACUGGUAUCUGAAAUGGUUCGACCUUCCAGGGUUGCUCAAGUACGCAGACUGGAUGAACUUUAUGACAUAUGACCUACAUGGCGAGUGGGACAGACGAAAUGCUAUUGGCAGUAUUGUUCAGGCUCACACCAACCUGACUAAUAUUAAGGAAGCGGCAGACCUUCUCUGGCGUGUAGGAACCGAUCCGGGUAAAGUCGUUAUGGGCUUUGGCUUUUACGGCCGAACUUUUAAGCUUAAAGACAGUAGCUGUACAGCUCCAGGCUGUCCCUUCACAACAGGAGGCACCUCUGGGCCCUGUACUCACACCAGUGGCUACCUAGCAUACUACGAGAUACAGGACCUGCUAGAUAAAAACCCCCAUAUUACUCCAGUUGAAGACAAGGAGGCCGCCGUUUUACAUUUCACGUAUGAUAAGGACCAGUGGAUUUCAUACGAUGACAGGACAACUUUCAAGCGAAAGCUUGACUGGGCUAGAAGCGUCGGUCUCGGAGGUUCCUUGAUCUGGGCAUCUGAUCAAGAUACUUAUGACUUUGCAGCCCAUGCAGCUCUCCUCGGCAAGGCCAACGUCACGUCAGCCCAAGAGAAGAUUGAAGCGAAGUCUCUCUCUGUGACACAAGAUGUGCUAGCCAAAAGUGUUGCGAAAUCUCUGGAUGAAGGGUGUUAUCGUGGUCCCGAGUGCGUCGACCUUGACAAUGUUCAGGUCACCUGUGACAGAGGAUAUACUUUAGUGGGAUAUGACAAAGACAAAUGUCGAAAGGCUGCGAAAAAUUACGGUCAGCCGAUAUGUUGUGAUACUGAUUCAGCCCCUUCUACCUGUCAAUGGCGUGGUGGUGGCAGUGAUUGUAACGGACAAUGCCAUACAGGGGAAAUCAAACUUUUCUCAUCCGGUACUGGUGGUGGUGAUUACAAAGGGUUCAAGAGUGAAUCUGGCACAUCGCACUGUACCCGUGGGACCAAGGCAUUUUGUUGCACGGAUAGUACCUUCGAUAAUCUUACAACGGACUGCUACUGGACUGGUUGCGAUGGAUCCUGCAAGGACGGCGAGGUGAGCGUCGCAGAAGCGUCCAACCUGAACGGUAAAUGUACCGUUUUCCACCAUACCAUGCACUAUUGCUGCAAAGGCAACCCCGUUCCAUUGAAAGAUUGUCACUGGGUAGGAAAAGGCGACUGUGGAGAUAAUACGUGCAGCUCCACGGAAGUCACCCUCGCUACUGACAACCAAGGGAAUUCGUUCACUGGGUGCGGUUGGUGGAGAAAGAAGGCAUUAUGCUGUACGCCUCAGGGAACAGCAGCAGCGUCUUGUGCUAAUGUGGACCUGUGCAAGAUCGACUCGGAUUACUGCGACACCACCAGCCUUGAUACAAACUACAAAAAGCGAGAUCUAGAGGAAUCAUAUGACGAUGAGGAUCAUGAUAUACAUAGCAUUGAGCGACGAGCGGCCCCGGCUUUUAGGGCAUUCGACAUCAGGCAAUGGACAAUAAGAACAAGGGCGCUUUCUUGGCCCUCAAGUGGGGUACUGUUCAAGGGCAAGGCAGGUAAAAAGGUACUGCAGAAGUCAUUCCUGCUAGGAGCUUCCUCAUGUGCUAGGGCAGUUAUUGAGGCUCUGGACCCCGACAAGGUGGGCAAGGGAUACAGUUUCGAUACAGAACAUGUCGUUGAGAAAGCAUUCAUCAAAAUCCUCAUAAGAAGUGCUGUCACUGGGGUGCUACCUUCGGGCUCACUUAUGCAAAGUGCGAUUAUAGACGGGGCGAAGUUUGUCAAGUAUUGGGAUAAGCCUCUGUCGGCUCUGAGUCGUGCGCCAUCAAUUGUUGAUGGAGACUCCCUAAUUCCUAAUGAUCGUUUGUUCAGCACCCUGGGUACGGUGAACAACCGUGAAACAUUUCUUCGAACCGAAAAGAUGUUGAAUAUUGUCAAGGGCAAAAUCUUUUCCAUUGGGCUCAAUAAGGAUGAAACUUUCAAUGGCUUGAUUUAUGAUCCGACAGACUCGACAGUUUUUAAACGUCAAUUAACGCUAGUUUCUAAGACUGGUACGGAGGAAGCAACACUUUUUGAGUUCAUUCGCAGGGCAAUAGGGGUAUGGAAUUACCUUAACCACCCAGAAGUGCUGAGCCGUGUUGACACGGUGCGGGAGAAUUUGCUUGCUGAGACAAUAGUUUUGGCUAAGACGGUACCUGGCUUCGAGAGUCUACCUGCGAUUCUCAAAGAAGUGGACGCGGACUGGUACAAAGUGGCAGCAUCAGGAACGAAAGACUGGGUGUCAGAUAAGCUGAUGUUGAUAACAUUGCAAUACCUGGGGUCCAGAGCUGCCAACGCUGAGGUCGUACAAACAACGGCUCAACUUUUGAAGAACCAGCUGGACGAUAUUGUGGUCCCCGCGUUAAAGAAGCUCCAAGAUUAG